AUGUGUGUGUUGCGAUGGAUUACCUUCACCACCGCGGCAGCGCUGCUGUCGCUGACUGUAGGUCCUGCUGCUUCUAACGAGAGGAGGUUGUCUCGUCACAGACGAUACGCAGUCUUCCCUGAAGGCAGCACCUGGUCGAUAGCGUGGUGUCUGUCCGUGCAAGCACUCACGGGGGAGUACAGCAUCUACACAGAGGGCUUCGCGUGGGCGGCAGCCUACGAACUCCCAAACAGCACCUUCGUGGAGCAGACGUAUCUGAAAAAGAAGAAAAACAAGUAUCUGUUGCCAGCACCAGGUAUCUUUCGGCGUCACCGUAGGGAUCUAUACAAGACAAUGGAAAAAGUCAUAGAUAGCGCCGGUAUCGAUGGGCACUCAUGCGUGCUGCGAGCUGUCUGUGAGGCCGCUCAGAGGUUUGUGCCGGGCCAGAACACGAUUGGCGAGGAGAUCGUCAGCACCAUUUUUAGGUGA